CUCUGAAUUUUCCCAUAGAACUUUAGAGCAUUUGCAUCUUAUUGUUUUUUAUUCGCGAUGUCUGACUCUGUGAAAUCCAGCAAAUCCAAUGCCUCCUUCAAGAAUAGCCGCAAGUAUCGGCGGCAGAUCAACACCAACGGCAUGCGGCUGUGCCGAGGGUUUUUUAAUGACACCGCCGACUUGCCGGCUCAUCAGAAGGUUUUCGCCCCGUCUCCCGUUGUGGAGGCUCUCGUGAAUCGGCUCUUGGCACCACGCCAAGUGUUGAGAGCUGGCUCCCGACCUAACCUGGAAAGGAAAGCGCCGGAGUAUUUUGGAGACAACCCGGUUGUCUCAGACCAUCUUAGCGCCAACCUUUUUCAGGUGGUCGGGAAAGCUGACAGCCUCGAAGGAAAUCACGAGGCCGAGUGGGCGCCGUUGAAGACGGCCCUUUUGUCCGUGAUGAAUCACGGCGAGGUGUUCGCUUAUGUGUCGGACACCCACAUCCUGGCCUUGCCGGAGGGCAUCGCUGGCCUUACAAGGCCGAAACCUGACGUCAUCGUUGGGUAUUGUACUGAUGACCCCCCUGUGGAGCCAGAAAACCCAUACACGCUGUUGGCCGACAGUCUUUUGCCGCUUCGAGCCCGAUGUGGCGAUCCCGACUGCGUCCCCUUCCCCUUUUAUGUUCAAGAACGUAAAUCGGACAGAGCGGCGCAGUUCGGGUGCGUGAACCAGCUGCUUGCUGGUCUUAGGGCUGUCAUGCACGCUUGGGAAUUGGUGCUCGAGCGGCAGAAUAUUGCCGUUGUGGGUACCACCCUCGUGGGGUAUCACCUCAGCCUGUACGUGAUGGGGUACAAAAAGGUUCGGGGCACAGGCAUGUACAUAGCCUAUCACGUCGGAGACUACUCGAUCCUUAAUGGUCGAGACGUGCUGUGUCUCAUGUCUCUGAUGGUAGCCGUGAGGGAGGAAGGGUUACGACUCUUCGACCUUCUGGCGCCCAUCAAGUGGCAAGACCUGCAAGGUCUCGAUGUUGAUGGCGACGACAUGCCCGGCCCUGAUCCCGAGGAGGGAGGGGAGGAUGACGAGAGCGAGGACGACGACAGAUCGUCCAAGAGGUCGUCGCGGUCGGGGCGGUCGGCGCGGUCAUCCAAGCGCCGACACAAGAGGGCUCGGCUUCAUGGCGCCGGAGGGAAAGAUCCGGUCCUCGAUACCACCGCCAAGGUUCAAGGUUGGCUUUCUCAGGUUAGCCAACCGGAAAGCCCAGGCGCUGCUCGUGGAGCGGAGGACCCCUUCGGGCCGUGA